AUGCGUGUGAGUCGUCGCAAGAAGAAGUUCCAGAAACCAGGCUCUAUGGAUCUCUGCAUCACCGUUAAAGGAGUUUCGUUCCUACUGCAGACAGGGCUUGGAAUUCUAGGUAACGCUUCCGUGCUGAUGGCAUACGCUCAUAUCGCUUUUAUAGAGUCGCACAUGCAGCCUGUGGACAGAAUCCUGGCUCAACUGGCUUUCAGCAACCUGCUUAUGCUGCUAACACGUGGUGUUCCACUAACUAUGUUUAUCUUCGGGCUGCACAACCUGGUAGACGAUCCGGGCUGCAAAGUGCUGAUCUAUGGCUUCCGUCUCAGCCGUGCCCUCUCUAUCUGCCUCACCUCCAUGCUUAGUGUCUUCCAAGCACUCACCCUUGCACCGUCAGGUGGGCCACAUCUGACCAAACUGAAAUCUCAUCUUUCGCAGCUGGUUGUGCCCACCUUCAUAGGUCUGUGGCUCCUCAACAUGAUUAUCUGCAUUGCUGCUCCACUUUUCUCUAUAGCACCUCGGAAUGGAACAGUGCCUCCCUUUACCCUCAACCUCGGAUUCUGUCAUGUCAACUUCCAUGACAACCUGUCGUAUGUUGUGAACGGCGUGGUCUUUUCAACACGAGACUUUGCCUUUGUGGCCAUCAUGCUGGUGUCCAGCGGUUACAUCCUCAUCCUCCUGCACAAACACAGCAGACAGGUCAGGUCCAUCCGACGCGUUCAGCAAGGAACCUCCAUGGAAACGCGAGCAGCUAAGACUGUUGUCAUGCUGGUGGUGCUGUACACUGUGUUUUUUGGUAUUGACAAUCUGAUCUGGAUUUACAUGCUUACUGUGGACCAGGUUCCAGGUGUGGUAGCUGACAUGAGAGUGUUUUUUACGUCAUGCUAUGCCACGUUCAGUCCUUUCCUCAUGAUAAGCACCAAUAAGAAGAUAAAGGAGAGGAUGGUGUGUGCAGUUGGAGAACAGACAGCUAAGGACUCCACCGAGAACACAAAAUAA